AUGUGUGAUGCCGGCGAUCGCGGGUGUGAAGACGGUGUUGACACGGUUGUGCUGAAGGAAGUGAAAUAUGCUAAGAAAAAUUUAAUCGUUGAGAUGGAAAUGGAUCCAGAGUAUGAACAGGCGAUCGAUGAUUUGAUCAAUGAAGAGAGACUCAAUUUAGCACAUCUUAAAUACGAUGAACAACUGAAAUUGAAAAGUGAUCGCUCAUUGGAAUUGUUUAAUGCUCUCAAAGAUCAAAUGUCAGCUGCGAACAUUGAAAAUGCCCAAAAUCUGAAAGCAUCUCAAAUCAUGCAACCGAUUCGUUAUGGUAAUGUGACACGAUCGUGUUAUAACACAUAUAAUUUUGCGAUUGGUUAUGAUGUCGACGGCAAUGUCAAUGUUGGUCUCAUUACAAAACAUUCAUCAACAACAACCGAUUCAUUCGUCAAUUCUGUCGAUUCUUAUUCGCAUAUCUCAACGCACGUGAAGCGUAUUGUUCGCGCAUUCAAGAAGUUUAUCGUCGAAAGUGGACAGCAGCCCUUCAAUGAAUUCAAUCAUACAGGUGUAUGGCGGUCUUUAACCAUCCUCGAAUGCAUCGGUGAUGUUUCAAUGGUGGCUGGCAUUGUUGCUAUGGAGAAUUCGGAAUGUGAAGAGAACUUGAAGAAAUCAUUUUCCGACCGAUUUCUUCGCGAUGAUAACUUCACCGAUGCAGAUAGUCAAUUCCAAGUGUUGUCCGUUUAUUGGAAGCGAACAACGAUUGAGGAUUGCAAACGAACAAUCACAUUGGAACAUAUUGGAGGUUAA